AUGGCAAACGCAGACUUAGCAGAAAACACCGUAGUAGACUCCUACGAAGACCUCACACGCAAGAUAUCCGCGCACUCCAACACCAUUGACGCCUUGUUAGAGCAAUAUCUAGUGCUCCUCCAAGUCUACACGGAGGAGCAAGCACGAUUGCAAUCUGCGCAGCAGAAGAUAAAUCAGCACAUCGCCCGGGCGCGAUUCGAAGGCCAGAGUGUGUCUAGCGACGACUACGAUGGGCGGAUGAAAGCGUCACGGCUCUGUUAUCUCGCGGACGACACGCAAGAUUCGAAGAUCGAGUAUACCAUAAAGACAACCGUAUCUGCAAGAAAAGACGAGAAGAGCCAGCAGACCUUUGAACAAGCAGACACGUCUGAGAAAUCCCCACACCCAAAGGAGAAUAACGACCCAGACGAAGAUGACAAACAGAAGGAAAACACAAAACAACUCAACCCCCUCCACUGGUUCGGCGCAUUCGCAACACAGCCCCUGAAACAAGCGCAGAUAAUAUCGGUUCAGACGGUGGAGGAGACUAUACCGAAGAUUGUGAGCACGAGUGCGCAGAUGGCGGGGUUAGAGGUGGAGAUACGACGGGCGAGGAAGUGGAGAGGGAAGUUGCAGAUGCGGUUGGAUAGGAUGAAGGAGGGUUGA